AGGCUGACUGUUGCUGCUUUUGCUGCUGAGUGGGCGGUUUGGACUCGGAACGGAAUCGAAAUAAAACAAGUUGUUUACAUUUGCAAUUGGCGCAGGACGGCUAAACCUUCGCACUCGGUGAUAACGAGUUUGUUUUUGGAAUAAUUCCAGCUUCGUUCUUUAGACGUUUGUCACCAACCAGACAGAAACAAGUUGGGUAGCAAACGAAAAUGGCUCAGCAGCUUCUUUCGACAUGUGGUCUCAUCGGCACCGACCAGCAACCCUUUCCAGCGGUCACCUUUAUAAAACAAAAUUGUGGAACCGACGGUAGCUUCCUGGUAGCCACGAUUUUGGGCCAACGUUUGAAACCAGCACCCGGUUCGCUGAACAAUCGGGAUCAUCGGGUGCUGCUGAUUGCUUCCCACCAUUCCUACAGUCACUAUAGCAGCGCUUGUUUGAAGUUGACCUACAAUCUUGGACCAGCCCGUGAAUGUGGGCAGUUGCAGGUCAUCGACACGGGUUCUGAGUUGCUACAAAAUUACCCCCGCCUCGAGCCAACAUUAGAACAACUCCAAGCAAGGAUUUUCGCUUUCAUGGACGAAUCACCCAAGUCAACGGUUAUACUCGACGACGUAUCCCUCUUUUUAAAUCUAGGUCAUUCGGAAAACCAACUGAUCGACUUGGUAGAAGCAUUAGUUGAAAAACAAACUCCCGAACAGCAAUUAGUAAUCAAACUUAACACGGCCGAUCUUUAUAAGGUCCUUUGCGCCAAUUUGGAUGAUUUAGCUCAGACAGAGCUACAGCUAGAACCGCUCGCAUCCGGAAACUUUCGCGAGGUCGAUGGUCGCUUGAGCAUCCAUCGAUACCCAGGUAAAAAUCAUGAUCGGCUUUUUUUCGUCAAGCAGCUGGAUCGAUCCGUACUAUACAAAGUAAACGAUAGAAACGUGAAACUUUUCGCACCGGGAGAGUUAGGAAUUAAACAUCUGUAAACCGAGUUUUGGUGCAGUUUUAAGGAUUUCAAUAUAUAAUUUAUAAACUAA